AUGAUUACCAAUGGUACAGUCGAGAAUGGUGAGCCAAGAGAGUUGCCGGAUGAUGUAGUGAUUGACGAUCCUUCCGAAUUGGAACCUGAUCCAGGAGAAGACUGGGAUCCCGAGUCCGAACCUGAGCCCGAGCCCGUAGAGUCGGACGAGUCUGAUGAACCUGACGAACCCGAGCCAGAACCUGAACUUGAUGAGCCUGACGCAUCUGAUGAGCCGCCUGAAGACGUAUCCGAGCCUGAACCCGAGCCAGUAUCAGUUCCCGAGCUGGAGCCAGAACCUGAUCCUCCGCCCGACUGCCCUGCUGAUCCCGAGCUUGAGCUUGAGCUUCCGCCGUCCGAACUGUCCGAAGACCCAGUCCCGCUCGAGUCACUAGAGGAACCGCUGCUCCCUGUGCCACUUGACGAACUGCCGCCUCCGGAACCGCUUGAACCACUCGAGCCGCUGCUGCCGCUGCUGUCUGUGUCUCCACUGGUACCCGAACCAGAUGAUCCCGUUCCAAUUCCAAAGCUACCACCACCCGAACCUGACCCUUGA